AUGGCCCUCUACUCCCCCUCGUCGUCCUCUGUCGCCUCCUUAUCGGAAGUCUCCACCGCCCCGACCACCCCGGUCGCCGGUGAGGGUCCUUCGGGCCCCCCCUACGUCCUCGUACUGGGCGGCCUCGGCUUCAUUGGGUCGCACACGGCCCUCGAGCUGCUCAAGGCCGGCCACAACGUCGUCAUCGUCGACGACCUCUCCAACUCGUUCUCAAACGUCCAGAACUCGAUCCGCGAGGCGGCCACUCUCUCGUGCUCCGCCACAGGGCAGACAAUGCCCUCGCUCAAGUUCCACGAGAUGGACUACUGCUCGCCGGGUCUCGCCCUCGUGCUCGAAAGCUACAACAUCAGCGGCGUCAUCCACUUUGCCGCGUUCAAGAGCGUCAGCGAGAGCAUCGCCUCGCCCCUCGACUACUACAUGAACAACGUGUGCGGCCUCGUGUCGCUCCUCAAGCUCCUCGGCUCGUACGGCAUCAAAAAGUUUGUCUUUUCGUCCUCGGCCACCGUAUAUGGCACCAAGGCCGAGCAGGGCAUCCCACUGCGCGAGGAGGACGUUGUGCACCACCCGCUCACGUACGAGCGCGACGGCGAGACCGUCACUGCUAUCCCUGGCGCCAUGGGCCUCACCUCCCCCUACGGCCGCAGCAAGUACUUUGGCGAAGCCAUCCUGGCCGACCUCGCGUACUCGGACCCGAGCUGGAACAUUCUCGCCCUGCGUUACUUCAACCCGAUCGGAUGCGAUGCCAGUGGCCUCCUCGGCGAGGACCCCCGUGGUGUCCCCACCAAUCUCUUCCCCGUCCUCGCCCAGGUCCUCACCGGCGACCGCCCGCAGCUCGAGAUUUUCGGCAGCGACUGGGACACCCGCGACGGCACGGCCGUGCGCGACUUUAUCCACGUCUCGGACCUCGCCAGGGGCCACAUUGCCGCGCUCGACGCCAAGGUGGACGAGCCCUUCCGUACCUUCAACCUGGGCACCGGCACCGGAACCACAGUCUCGGAGGCUCUCGGCGCGCUCGAGGCUGCCAGCGGCCGCCCCAUCCCCGCCGUGCGCGCGCCUCGGCGCGAGGGCGACGUGGGCUCGUGUGUCGCCGCCAACUCGCGUGCCACCACCGAGCUGGGGUGGAGCACGACCGAGAGCCUGCGGCAGAGCGCACGUGAUCUGUGGGGCUUUGUGUCCCGUGUCCGUGCCAUCCGUGCGAUCUGA